GAACCGAAGAUGAGGCUUUGGAUGAUCAUCGGCGCCCUGGCGGUGGCGGUGCACGGGUCCAUCGCGGAGAUCACCAGGAACAAGAACCGUGGCAGAGGAUCGAUGUGGUGGGGAAUCGCCAAGGCAGGAGAGCCGAACAAUUUUUUGCCAAUGUCUCCGGCCUCCCUCCACAUGGAUCCCACGGUGUACGCGACCUUGAGGAGAAAGCAGCGCAGGCUAGCCAGGGAAAACCCAGGAGUACUGAUGGCCGUGGCCAGGGGUGCGAACCAGGCGAUCGCCGAGUGCCAGCAUCAGUUUCGCAAUCGCCGAUGGAACUGUUCCACCAAGAAUUUUCUCCGUGGGAAAAACCUCUUUGGCAAGAUCGUCGACAGAGGUUGCCGAGAGACCGCCUUCAUCUACGCCAUCACGAGCGCGGCCGUGACUCACAGCAUCGCGAGAGCGUGCAGCGAGGGCAGCAUCCAGUCGUGCUCCUGCGACUAUACCCACCAAUCGCGAGCACCAUCCGCCACGCGGGACUGGGAAUGGGGUGGUUGUUCGGACAACAUCGGUUACGGCUUCAAGUUCUCCCGAGAAUUCGUCGACACCGGGGAGCGUGGCCGAAAUCUACGCGAGAAGAUGAAUCUGCACAACAACGAGGCCGGCAGAGCGCACGUGUCCUCGGAGAUGCGGCAGGAGUGCAAGUGUCACGGCAUGUCCGGCUCCUGCACCGUGAAAACCUGCUGGAUGAGGCUGCCGAACUUCCGCGUGGUCGGGGACAAUCUGAAGGAUCGAUUCGACGGCGCGUCGAGAGUCAUGGUGAGCAACUCGGACCGGGUGCGUGGCAACGGGAACGCGAUCGUGAGCAAUUCGGCGAGCAAUUCGGUGCACGGGCAUCGGGAGGGCCUGGGUCGACGACACCGGUACAACUUUCAGCUGAAGCCUUACAACCCGGAGCACAAGCCACCCGGUCCGAAGGACCUCGUUUACCUGGAGCCCUCGCCGCCGUUCUGCGAGAAGAACCCGAGCUGCGGCAGAGGCUACAAGACGCAAGAGGUGACGGUCGUCGAGAGAUGCGCCUGCACGUUCCACUGGUGCUGCGAGGUCAAGUGUCAGCUCUGCAGAAUCAAGAAGACGAUACACACGUGCCUCUAG